UUGACAGACGUGUGCGAAAACGAACUGACGCUCGGUCGCUCGCAUCGUUCUCGCCUUUGUUCUCUAUUGACUCCGUCUUCCAACCCAUUCACAUCACUCGAUUUCUCCACAUAAUCUCCAUCAAACCUCUCCAAACACCACCUUCCUUUCAAAACCCUAGUUUUCUCUCCCCACCAAAUCCAAUAUUUUCCCCUUUUUUUUUGCCAAAUACAUUUCAAUCCUCUGAUUUCAAAUUUCUUCGCUUCCCAAACCCUGAAAUUCCGAAGAAUUUGUUCGGUUUCAUGGCCUCAAUUGAUCGAAAUUUGUUGAUUUUCAGAUUUUCUCCAGUUAAUUUGCAGUCGGUGGCAUAAUUUGAAGAUUUCGCUGGAUUUUGACUGCAAUUGGGUAUCGAAUUUCGAAUUCAUACUGUUUUUGAUCGUAUGAUGGGUUUCAAUGAUGUGCUUCUUUCAAAUCUCUGAUAUUCGUCAGGUAAUUUGGGUUCGAUACGUAAAAUUCUUCCAUUUUUUCAACUUUUGAUUGCGAUUUUGUAUCGAAUUUUGGGGUUUGAUGGAUAAUAAAGACGAGGGUUUGUCGAUGGCGAUGUUUAAGAAGCCGAAUUUGAAUAUGUACCGACUCAUGAACGGUCCUUCGUUGCAACCUUCGGGUUGGUUCGAGAUCCGAUUGUUCUACGUCCGAAUCGCCCCAUGCGCUGUGGAAACCGUUCCUGACCACCUCACGCUUCGCCAUCUUCGCCGAGAAAUUGGGGUUUCUCUAGAAAUCAAUGGCACUCGCAUACCGUCCUCGGAAACGACAUCGUUGUCUCUCCGUCGCGAUCGGCUUGAUAAGGAAUCGUUGGAGGUAACAUAUGUGAGUACUGACUGUGUUAAGGUUUCAGGGGCUGUUGAAUUUGAGGUUUAUGAGAAGGAGGAUAUGAUGUUGUGUGGGUCUUUGGAGAGAAUGGAGGCUGUUUGGAGUAAUGGAAAUGUGGGUUUGGAUAAUGAUUCCAAAACCGGGUGGGGUAUGGAUUGCUACAUGUCUGCAUCAAUUGGGAGCGGGGGUUCGGCAUUUUUUCAGCCGAAAUUUGGGAUUUCAGCUCCGUUGUUCGAGGUCUAUAUUGCGGGUUGUUGUUCGGGUGUGCCUGUGAUUUUAACAAAGACAAUUCAAAUUAGUCCGAGGCGGAAACUUGCCAGACAUAACACACUCGAUGCUAUUCCAGAGGAUGCAGAGAUUGGGAAGGAGCAAAAGAUCAAUAAUGGUUUGGUGAGGCAGCGGAAAGUGCAGAUCACAGAGGCAGAAGUUGAAGAUUAUGAGUCAGAUGGAAAAAUUGGAAGCAACUACUAUUCAGAAGACACAUAUGCUGGCGAGGAUGGUGAGCUCUCGUGGUUCAACGCUGGCGUUAGAGUUGGGGUUGGAAUUGGCCUUGGGAUGUGCCUCGGUGUUGGAAUUGGUGUUGGACUGAUGAUGCGCUCUUAUCAAGCAACCACCAGGACCUUUAGGAGGAGCCCCAUUUCCAGAUCUCCGGCCACCAUGCCCCGCCACAGCUCCGCCGCACCUCCACCUCUCCCUCUGGUUGUAACUCUCAACUGCAUCGAAGACACCGGCCUCGAACAAGACUGCCUCGCCGGCAUCGCCGUCGUCGAACACGUCCCCCUCAGCCGUCUCGCGGAAGCGAAGAUCGAGUCCGCCGCCGCCGUCCUCCUCCACUGCCUCGCCUUCCUCCCACGCGCCGCCCAGCGCCGCCUCCGCCCCUGGCAGCUCGUCCUCUGCCUCGGCUCCUCUGACCGCUCCGUUGAUUCCGCCCUAGCCGCCGACCUAGGGCUCCGCCGCCUCGUCCACGUCGAUGUGUCUCGUGCUGAGGAGGUCGCUGACACUGUUAUGGCUCUCUUUCUCGGUCUCCUCCGCCGUACUCAUCUUCUCUCUCGCCAUGCCCUCUCUGCCUCGGGAUGGCUCGGUUCGGUUCAACCGCUGUGCCGUGGAAUGCGGCGUUGCCGUGGGCUUGUUUUAGGGAUCAUUGGUAGAUCUGCUUCGGCGAGGUCUUUGGCUACUCGGAGUUUGGCAUUCAAGAUGACUGUGCUCUACUUCGAUGUUCACGAGGGAAAAGGAAAGUUGAGUCGAUCCUCAAUGACAUUCCCUCCUGCUGCCCGGAGAAUGGAUACCCUUAAUGAUUUACUUGCUGCAAGUGACCUUAUUUCUCUCCACUGUGCUUUGACAAAUGAAACAGUUCAAAUUAUUAAUGCAGAUUGCUUGCAGCAUAUUAAGCCUGGGGCAUUUCUCGUGAAUACAGGUAGCAGCCAGCUGGUGGAUGAUUGUGCCGUAAAGCAGCUUCUGAUUGAUGGUACCCUUGCAGGUUGUGCUGUUGAUGGUGCUGAAGGGCCCCAAUGGAUGGAAGCAUGGGUAAGGGAGAUGCCCAAUGUAUUGAUACUUCCACGCAGUGCAGAUUAUAGUGAAGAAGUGUGGAUGGAGAUAAGGGAGAAAACUAUUUCCAUAUUGCAGACAUUCUUCUUGGAUGGCGGCGUUCCAGAGAAUGCUGUCUCAGAUGAGGAGGAAGAGGAACGUGAGAUAGGCUAUGAAAAUGAAGAAGGUGAUAAACAAGAAAAUAAAAGUGCCCUACAGGGUUCUGUUGGUGAGCAAUUGACAGGUGAUAUUCAUGUAACUCCAGAAAGCUCCCAGAAAAAUAGCAUAAAUGCAUCAAAGGAGUCUCCUGGUCAUCAUCAGGGUUCAGCUUUGUCUCAAAGUACUUCUGCUCGAUCUGAAGGAAAGCGUAGCAGGUCAGGUAAGAAGGCUAAAAAGAGGCAUGCCCGCCAAAAAUCCCUGCAGAAAUCAGAUGAAACUUCUGCAUUAGAGAAAGAGAGUACUUCACAUCGAGAUGAUGAUACUGCAAUGAGUGGCACAGAUCAAGUGUUGAGUUCCAGUUCACGGUUUGCUUCCCCUGAAGAUUUGAGAAGUACAAAAGCACCAAUUGAAUCAAUACAAGAAUCAUCUUCUGAGCAGAUUCUAAAGUCAAGCAUGAGCCUGAGCAGAAAGUCUGGUGAACUGCUGAAGGAUGGUUAUGUUAUAGCCUUGCAUACAAGAGAUCGACUUGCCCUUCAUGUUUCUAGGCAAAGAGUCCAAGGCGGCGGUUGGUUCCUAGACACAAUGUCAAAUGUAACAAAAAGAGAUCCAGCAACGCAGUUCCUCGUUGUUUUUAGAAGCAAGGACAUAAUUGGUUUGCGAUCUUUUACCGCUGGUGGAAAGUUGUUGCAGAUAAAUAGAAGAAUGGAAUUUGUAUUUGCUAGUCACAGCUUUGAUGUCUGGGAGAGUUGGACAUUUGAAGGUUCUUUGGAGGAUUGUAGAUUGGUCAAUUGUAGAAAUCCAUUGGCUGUUUUGGAUGUACAAGUUGAAAUUCUUGCCGCUGUAGGCGAAGAGGAUGGAAUUACUCGCUGGCUUGAUUAGGUUGCGGACAAUUUGAGGGUUGGUUAAGCAACCUAAUGUAUACCUGUUUGUUUCUUCACCUUGAGGUUUGUAAUAUUUCAAGAGAGAUUGUAACUUGUAAAGCGUUCGAUUUUUACAGUGAGUUGAGGAUUGUACUAUGUUUUAUGUUGUGGGUAAUUCAUGUCACGACGAAACUGAUUUUUUUUCUUUUAAUUUUUUUUGGGGGUUAUUUAUUAGAGGUUUUUGGUGGUUUCGAACCAUUUGACUGCUUCUCUCUCUCUCUCGAUAUCGAUUGUAAUGGAGUUAAGAGUAUCUCUUCUGUGGGAUGACAAGCUAAUUGCUCGUAUACUAUCCCCUCCUUAUAGUGAUUCGUGUUUUGCAGCAGUUGAA